AAUAAUCUAAAAUCUACGGAGGGAUCUCAUUCUAAAAGCACAUAAACUAACCACCCAAUUAUACGAUAGCCUUGAAUCUUUCCCACCCAAAAUUGUCAAAUAAAAAAAAAACAAAAAAAAAACUUUUUUCAUCCCAGAAAACAGAAAAUCACAGCUUUUCAAAUCCAACCAGGAUCACCAAUAAUACGUGUAUAUAUAGUCAUAUUAAAACUCUGAUACCUACAAAUCAGGGCUGUAUCAAGACUAAAUCCUUAUAUACAUCAUCCCCCACACCACAAGGCACAAACAAUCUCCAUUCUGCGAAAAAAGUUCUAACUCAGUAUUUAAUAUCACCAUCUUUUUUCUGUGUUUCGUUCCUUUCUUGUUUUCUAUUCCUAAUCCAAUUCAAUCAAAAACCCAAUCAGAAUCACAUUCAUAUGGCCUCUCUCAGUCUAUAUUUGAAGGAAGCCCGCACCGCUUAUUUCAUGGUCAUCUGCUGCUCCUCUGUUUUCAUUUAAUCCUUCGUUUGCUUUCUCUCUCUCUCUCUCUCGCUCUCUCUCCUUCUCUUUUGAUCAAGAUGAAGCACGGUGAUGUUUGUCAUGAUUCGUCCGACGAGGACGGCGAGAAAUUUGUCGAGACCGAUCCGACGGGGCGGUACGGCCGCUACGGCGAGCUUCUCGGCGCCGGAGCCGUGAAGAAGGUGUACAAAGCGUUCGACAACCGGCAGGGCACGGAGGUGGCUUGGAACCAGGUCUCGCUGAGAAGAUUCGCGGACGACGACGCCAUGAUGGGGAGGCUUUUCAAUGAGGUCAAAUUGCUCAUGGCUCUGAAAAACGACAACAUAAUCUCCUGCUCGCACGCCUGGAACGACAGCAAGAACAUGACCCUCAAUUUCAUCACCCAAAUCUGCACCUCUGGAAGUCUGAGGGACUACCGAAUGAAGCACCGCCGCGUGUCGUUGCGGACCCUCAAGAAGUGGGCCAAGCAGAUCCUCGUCGGGCUCAACCACCUCCACUCGCAACAGCCGCGCGUGAUCCACAGAGACUUGAAUCUGAGCAACGUGUUCAUCGACGGCCACAACGGGCGCGUCAGGAUCGGCGAUUUUGGACUCGCCGCCGUCGCGAAGAGCAAAAACGAGGUCCUCCGGUCGGUGGUCGGGACGCCGGAGUUCAUGGCUCCCGAAAUUUACGAGGAGAAGUACGAUGAGAAGGUGGAUGUGUACGCGUUUGGGAUGUGCGUGCUGGAGAUAGUCACCAGGGAAGUACCUUACAGCGAGUGUGAUAAUGUGGUGAAGAUUUUCAAGAAGGUGACCUCUGGCGUGAAGCCACGCGCCUUGGGCGCGGUUAAGGAUUUGGAAGUGAAGAAGUUUAUUGAGAAGUGUUUGGUCGCCGCGGCGGCGAGGCCCACAGCUGCUCAGCUGCUUGAGGAUCCUUUCUUCGAUGGGAUUUCGGAUGAAGACGAAAGCUUUGUACUGUGUUUGGAUUUUUCUAUGUUAAUGACUGAUGAUAAGAAUUGUAAUCUUAAACAGCUCAUGUCUAAGAACACAAAUGGACAUGGAGCGAUCGUUGAUGUAGUUCUUAGUCAUUAGAUUUUUUUUUUAAUGAUUAAUUUUAUGGUAGGGGUUGAUGUGCUAGUUCGGGUUGA